UGAAGUGUGUCGUGAGUAUAUGCAGCCCUGCUCUCUGUCCCUCUGGGAUUAAAGAAUAUACUCUAGAAAAAGAAGAUAGAACUUCCAACUAAAUACAGGAGAGGAUAAAGUACAACAAAAAAAAGACGGAGAAGUGGAAUUGAAUUUCUGUGAACUUCAGGAUGAAGAUCUUUCAGUUCAGGAUGAAGAUCUUCAUCUCCACCCUCUACCUGAUCUCAGUGGGAUGUAAACCAUGCACGAUAUAUUUGCAAGAUGGAACAAAGUGGCUGCGUCAAUAUAAUAAAGGAUCAGACAAAAAGCAAGUCUGUUACUAGCGGGAGAUUCAAGAUCUAUUCAAAUACAGCAGACAACUUUACAGUGUUGAUCAGAGAGCUGAAGCCUCAGGAUUCUGCCGUGUACAGAUUUGGAGUUGGGAAUGAGAAGUAUAAGGACAUUGAGCUGACCGUUCAGAGUGAUUCUUGUUGUGGGGGAAUUAAAAGAAUGAAAGCUUAUCUGGGAGAGACGGCCACCUUCAAAUGUACCUAUCCAGAUGAGUUUAAGACAAACAACAAGCGGUUAAUCAACCUCGAUAACCGGAACAAUGUUAGCCCGAUCAUUUACACUGGAAAAAGGGCUCAGAAAGAGCAGAAAGGCAGAUUCUCCAUCUUUGAUGACAGAAGCUCUAACGUCUUCAGUGUGAACAUCAGUGAUGUGACAGAAGAUGAUGGAGGACUUUAUCUGUGUGGAGUGUGGAGGAAAAAGAAGUCAGUGGGUUAUCACUCCUACUUCAGAGAGAUUCAGCUACAGGUUACUGAAAAAUCAACUGUGACCACAACCUCCUGGACCACAUCAGCAGCUGAAACAUCUGAUGAAGAACAUCUCAAUCCAGGUUCCAUCAUCAUCAUCACCACUGUGUGUGCCUGUGUUGCUCUGCUGCUGAUUGGAGGAUCAGCACUGAUUAUCUAUUACGUGAAACGCAAGAAGAGACAAGGUUCUACUUCUUCAUCCAAGACGAAGCCUAAAGACGACAAACAGGUUCCCCUUGUGGUCUGUACCUAUGAGGAGAUUAAACACACCAGACCUGCUUCACCACCCACUAACACCUCUCACACAGAUAUUCACUCCACCGAAGACCACGGCCUCACUUACGCCACUGUGAGCUUCCAGAAGAAUCCGGCUUUAUCCACUGACGCAACAGCCACCUUCAGUAAGGAGGAAUCUGAUACCUUGUACAGCACUGUGAAAUACAGCACCGGACUGGAGUAGCUUCUAAGGGACCGCAUCAGGACAAUUUUUUUGUUGUAAGAGUUUGAUAUAGUAUGUAAACAUUGUUAAAGUUCUGAAAUGUAAUGCACAAUUGCCAAUCCGUAUAUGGAAACCAAGAAGAAACCAAGGUUACAAAAAAGAAUAUAUUUACAUAUCUGUUUAUUCAGCCUAUAACAGU